AAGAUGCCACACUUCCGUCCUCAGGGGUCCUGCCCCCGGUGCCAGCAUCUCCAGAAGCCGAUGACAUAGAUUCAAAUGCGACACGUCGUUUCUCCGUGACAGAUCGUCUGUUGAUCGAUAGUUUAGAUAUAGAUAAGAAUCGGACGAGACACACUGGGCGAUUUCUCACGAUGCACAAGAGACGACGUAAACGACUCACCACGAGAUCCCUUAAUCAGGAUCCUGGCCUGCUGGAUGAUAUAUUUCAUGGACAAGUGCAGUGCAUUCUGCAGAGGUCUGGCCACUGGCGCUUCAACGCUUUCACCCUGGAGACGGUAUCUGGAGGUCGUUCCUUGCCCGUCAUGUGUGUACACCUGUUCCAAUGGUACGGCUUACUCCAGCAGUUCAAUUUGGACGUUGUCAGGGUGUGGAAGCUAUUCGCCCUUAUUGAAGAGGGAUAUCACAGUACAAAUCCUUAUCACAACAGCAUACACGCCACUGACGUAACACAGGCAAUGCACUGUUUUCUCCAAGACGACAAAAUUAAGAAAAAUCUCAAUGGGCUGGAGAUCAUGGCCUCGCUGAUUGCCGCCGUUACCCACGAUCUCGAUCAUCCUGGGGUUAAUCAACCGUUUCUUGUUGCCACUAGUAAUCAUCUGGCUACUCUGUAUGAGAAUACAUCGGUAUUGGAAAAUCAUCAUUGGAGGUCGGCUAUUGCUUGUUUACUCGAGAGUGGAGUUUCCGAGCAGUUGUCACCCGAAAUACGACCGGAGCUCCAGCGAUACAUUAGUUCAUUGAUUCUAGCUACUGAUAUCACCAGACAGCAGGAGUUUCUCACGCGUUUCAGAACGUACUUAGACACAAGUACCCUGGACAUGGAGCGAGCAGAGGACCGUCACUUUAUCCUCCAGAUAUCAUUAAAAUGCGCCGACAUCUCGAACCCCUGUCGUCCUUGGGAUAUAUCCAGGAAGUGGUCGUACAAAGUGUGCGAGGAGUUCUUCAGACAGGGUGACUACGAGCGCCAAUUAAAUCUACCAGUGACACCCCUGUGUGAUCGUUCUUCAAUCAGUAUCCCUAAGAUCCAAGUAGGUUUCUUCGAGUUCGUGGUGACACCCCUGUACGAGGAGUGGAACAGAUUCCUGGGUGAUGGUUUGAGUAUAACACUGAUGGGUCAUCUGAGGGCGAACAGAAAGCGAUGGGAGGGAUUGAUUGUCCAGGAGACAGGCGACGAUACAAAAACUGAAAUGUCGGACGUGGAGGAGGUGCAGAAUUCCCCGAGCUCCGAAGAUGAGAUCCUCCAGGAGGACUCAGGGAGCGUUGACCUGCCGAUCUCUGAUUCCCAGAUGAGAUCAUCGAGAAGAUUGAGUCUACCAGUGCAGAGUGAUUCCACGAGGAUGGGAAGACGUCACUCAGUGCCAAUGCACACCCUGGCCCCACCCUCGAGAUCAAUUCGACGAGACAGCGUUCCCUGGGACCACAGAAAACCACCUCUCGUCAAACUGGAUGACCAGAGUCUCCACCCCUUGAGUUCUCUCUCCCUGGUCUCCUCCAAGAGUUCUCUCUUAGAAUCAGCAACCAACUCUGGUGAACGUCCCGUCUCAGCUGAGAAUCUCCUCCCUGAGACAAGCAUUGCCAGUAUAACGAGCAGCAUUGAGGCCUCACGACUGUGUACCAUCCUCCAGCCCGAGGUCCAGAGAACCCAGGGUAAACUGCUGACGAGACAGCAGACAUUCCCUCCUCUCCAGCCUUACGUCAGGAUCAGAUACCUGUCGACAACUGCAGAGAUGUCCAAGUGCAGAACUGAGACACUCAUGGAGGCAGAGUCACCUCCCUCGUCUACGUCAACGAGCCCCUCCAGGGAGAAAUCGGUGGGACGUCGAGAGAGGAAAAUAAGCUCCAGGUCUUAUACGGUUGAUCACAGGAGGCGGGAGUCGGCUUUUGCUGAUUUUAAUAGAUUGAAUGUAGAAUCAGCGAUGACUGGCGAGCAGAGGAGGAGGCACUCGGUCCAGGGGAUGAGGGACGAGUCCAGAAGGGCCAAGAGGCCUUCCUCAGCUCAGGAAGAUCCUGCAUUGAUCUAUGCCAAUCUUACUGGUGGCUCCAGGCAGAGAUCCAGUGGAAGUGAUUCGAGACCUGUUUCGAGGUCAGAUUCCGAGAGGCAGUGGAGCCUCGAGGAGUCCGGGGAGGACCAGGGUACUGGGGAUCGUUGUAUGCCGUUGGUUGGCGGUGAGAGGGUCAGGGAGGGUGAGAUGAGGAGAUUCUCCACACCAGUUACUGAAGCUAAAUUAACUGGGGAAGUCGGUGGCAGGAGAUUUACUACUAUUCCUGUUACCUCAGAUCUUCCGGUUCACAAGGUGUUUUUCAUUGGCAGUCCACCGGAAUCACCACCCAGGGUCAAGAGUGUGUCAUCGAGCAGUGAUAGUGGCAGUGAACCCAGGAGGAGCAUUGGUGAUGCUGCUGAGGGAUCGCAUUUUGCUGGGGGCAAGAGGGACUCUGAGGGUGGCCGUCACAAGGGUGGGAAGAUGAUGAAGAUGAGUGAUGAUGGCAGGAUGAAGGAGAAUGUCGAUCCCAGGAGCGAGGACAAGUGCCCCGCUGUCAGGCGCACUUCACAGGGAUGGGCGAGACGAAGAGGCUCAGCACCAGUCGGGCUCAUGUCCAGGCUCGAUGACGUGUCAAUGACGGUUGCCACUAGAAUCGACACGAAUGCUCGAAGGGGAUCAGUUCCUGCCGACAUCACAGACCACCAGACACUCACGUCGGGGGGGUCAUUUAGAUCAGCCCUGGGGCCGAAAAAAGAUAAUUUACCAGUGAUCAGACGAUCGAGUCUUCCACACGAGGCUGCGUUGCGCAGUAUUUUAGGUUUUCAAUUGACUGAUGAUAGAGAGAACUUUCCAGUUAACAACAACAACAACAAUCACGGUAGCAACAAUAAUGCCCCAACAAUUGGUAUGCCAUCACCACGACGUGGCUCAGUACCAGCUGACAUAUCAGAAUUACGUCGCGAUUUAUUCGGGAGAAACAGUGUCAAUGGAAAAACUCGUAAUCGUAAAAAAACACUGAAGAGACGUAGCAGCGGUGGUCCAGAGAUGUUCGCUGGUUGUACAGAUGACAACGAGAAUGGAAAAUGGAGUGGCUGGAAGAGGGAACUAUCCAAGAGGGACUCAAUACCAGAGCCAAGUGUCAAACGACGUGGCUCACUGCCCGUUGAGAUGGUUUCCAUAUCACAUGCCGGCGUUGGUGGAACGAGAAGAUCGAGUCUCUGGAGACUCUAGCAACAAUCGACAACACCUGGGAUAUCUUCAAGCAUCAGCAAGUAAUGACACUUCUAUUGAUUGUUUAUAAUUAUUUUUGUUUACCUGAAUGGGAUGUGGAGGUGAAGUACACAGGAGUUUGUCGUGUCCUUGAGCCGUAUGACAGUAAAAUGAAGAAUAAAAUAUAAGGCACCACUCGAUUUGUCUUCCCAACAGGCAGGCACACGCGCCAAAUUAAUUUGUGCCACAAAAAAUUAUCAAUUCGGCUCAAGUGUUAUUUCAAAAAUAAAAGCGCGGGGUAGUUCAUUUGAAUUAUAUACAACACAGGGUUAACAAUUGACGAUUUUAUUAAUUAAAAAUGAUGCCUAGGUACGGAGAAGGAGAAAAGACUGGUAGAGAAAAAAAAAAUCGUGGCUGUAGAAGCUAGACGUUUAACGAGCGUAGAUUGAAAUUUGAAUUUAUAAAAAUUGAAGGACAUUUGCUCAUAUCUAAAAACACGUAAUUACUGGGAUAAAUAGCUGGAGGAGUUGAAAAAAAAGGAGUGAUAAUUACACUGAGAUGAAGAGGAACAAUUUUUGGAUGACCAAUUGCCGAUUACAUUGAAUUAUGGAUUUACCACUUGGCAGAAUCACUUGAGACCAUUUUUUUUUUAUAAAAAAAAAAUAGACAGGUGGAAAUGUUCUCUUCACUCAGUGUUACGACGAAGAAACUUGAAAAUGAAUAAUGCAGGUUACAUUCCAACUCUGUACAGAACAAAAGGGAAUUAAUUCCUAGAACAAUAACCGAAAAAACUCGAGUGUAACUCAAUGAAGUCAUUACCAUCGCAUGUAAUCUCAUACCCAUCGUUGUUACGCAAUAAUCGAGAGGAUAAUCCAAAAAUUAACGAUCAAUAUCCGAUCGUGAACUAGAACGAGAAAAUAUGACACAAUAAUAUUCGAGUAGUUAGUCAUUGAACGUUAGAUCGUAAAUACCAUAAAUCAGCGCGAUUACCCUCGAACCCAUCCCUCAGUAAAUAUUAAUCGCGAUGUAUUAAUUGUAUUCGUAAUUAUUGGUAACCGGUUGAAUAAACUGGAUUAAUGUAAACUCAAGUGAAGAAUCAAAAGUUAAGAUCGAGUUAUUUAUCGUAACGCUCAUUAAUGGAAUUUAUAAUUAAGAUCGUUUACCUCGUGUGCUCUCAUUAUCCUUCCUUCGAAUAUAUCUCAAUAUGAAUCCCCAGAAUACUUAAGAUAUCACGUUAACGAGAUAUUUAUCAAUUUCCAGUUGUUGGAAAUAGUCUGAGGUCUCGAGGACAAUUUUUUCCAUUCAUCCAGUCACUGAAUUGGAAAUUGCAUUUGAAAAAAUGAUGAAAAAAAAAUCAAUAAAUGAUUUUUAAAAUCUAGAAAACCCCAAUAAAUUGUUUCCGAAGGAGAUUUCAAUUUUUAAACAGUGGCAUAAACAAUCAUCUUGGUAGUUUCAAUAAAUUUCACGAAAACGAAUAGUUUGUGGCUAAUAAUUAAGAUGAGAAUUUAGAUCUUGAAGUAUAACAGACGUAGCGCGCGGAUAAUCUGUGUCGAAAUAGAUUAGACUCUUCAUCUUCGUGAUCUGAUUUCAUUCCCGCAUGACGAUAAAUUGUCCUGAGAUCACGUGAAUAAUCCUUGCAUGCGGGCUCAUCGUGUUUUAUCAGAAAGUACUAGGUGUACAUCCUUCCUCACUCGGUGGUGAGCCUCUCAUUAAUGUAAAUAAUCAUCGAUUAAUGGACGAUACAUCAGUCAUACCUUCGGGCUCCCCACCAGAGUCUAGAUUAAUUAAAACUAAUGAAAAAAGACCACUGUGCACCAAUUUCUCUAUGAAAUACGUGAAACAAAUGACUUAUAGAAGGGACCUAUUCUACCUUUUAUUGCACUUAAAGGAAUAUUUCCGUUAAAAUCAUAUUCGAGACGCGCGUGUCCUGGGGCGUGUCAGGGAUUUCCAGGGCAAAAUCAUGUCUUCAGAGUCAAUUGAAAUUAUUUUCAUUUUUAAUUACAAUUGUAUCGAGAUGGAAACGGGGGAAUCGUGGGGCGUCUUCAAUCCCCAAUAACUCGUAAACCGCAGAGUGAAAUUCAAUGAUUUUUCAUGUCACAGCUUCAGAAAUCAGGACUUUGAAAUGAAAAAAAAAUCAUUCGAUUUCACCCAGUGGUUUACGAGUUAUUGAUGAUUGAAGAGAAUCCACUUUAUUCCACUCUCUCUUAAAUGAAUAAUUAAUAUUUCAUGAGUUAAUUUUUAUUAAUUGUUUUUUAAAUGGCAAUUUGUAGAGGAGAUCGUCAAGACUUUUUGAUAUGUGAAAUUAUUAAAUUGUUUAUUGAUAUUCAGGGAUUAUUUCGAUAAUUUUUGCCCUGAAUUUCCCUGCGCCCUGACCUCUUCAAUGAAAUGCGAAAAGCCAUCGCUGUUUUCUAUAAAAUGAAUAUUGAAAAAAAAAUAUAAUGAAACCGAGGUAAGCCAUCUAAUGACGGUAAACAAUUAAUAAUCAUUGUACGUGUGUGUGUGUUAAUUACCCUCUCCCCGAAAAUAAUGAAAAACCCGAAACAUUUGAGAUUUUAAUAAUGGGAUAGAGCGUGACGCAGUGAAAGUAUAUUACAACAUUUUAAUGAAAAACAACUUAAUAUAGGACUUGUGCUUGGUUACUGGAACGCUCAAGAUUAUUAUAAUGGUAAUUCUGAGAGUUACCGUCAAUGUUUAUUUCCCCACAGCGUUUAUUAUUCGGUGUGAUGAUUAAAAAUAAUGUUAACGUGGUGUUACGCCCAAAUGGCUCUCUAUCGAAUGCACUGUACAAAUGCAUUGCAGACUCUCGAAAAAAAAUGAAAAAAAAAAAAAACCUUGGCUGGUCCACAGGUGAAUUACUGGGUAAGGAAAUUACUAAUCCUGACGCUACAAUUGUAAACUUUUUUUUAUUCUCCUGCAGAUGAACUCUCAAUUCUGAAAAAUCACUGAAUUCGCGGGUCUAUCGGAUUUGAAUUUUUUAAAUAAAUAUUCUAGAGUUGGAAAAAAAUUCUGACCAUUCAAGAUUAAAUUAAUCCGAGAUUUCAGUGUGUGAUUAUUUUUUUUUUAAGGAAAUUAUUUGUCAGUCAGUAUUUGGAGUUUUGAAAAAUGCAGGUUUAUUUCAGAAAUUUUGGAAAUUUGAGAAUGAAUUUUGUGACAGUCUAGGGUUGUCGAAAUGUGAUGGAGGGAAUACAAUGUUUUUUUUAUUUAAUUGUUUGGUGAUAAAUUAGAAUGCGAGGAAAUGAAUUGACAGGGACAGAGGACUGAAUAUUUUUCCCAAUGGGAGAAUUAUUGGAACUGAAAUGGUUUAUUCAAAUUGCGAUUGCUUGAGUUGAUAAUGAUUUUAAUCGGCUCUCACCGAUAUUUAGUAUUGGAAAUGUCAAUUAAAAAAAAAACCAUGAGAUUAAAUUACGAACAAUGACCUGUUACUGAGUCAAACGAUUAGGGAAGUAAAUCAUUGUGUAUUUUCUAUAAUGUUGAUAGCGUCUGCGUUAGGUGCAAUGAUUGAAAAACAAUGUGUUCUUAUCAUUCAUAAUUAAUUGUAAUGUAAUUAACAAACCAAAAUACAAGACGAAAGUGCGAAGUCAAAACGAAAAUUCACGUAAUGUAUUAACAAUGGCCUAUUGUAUUCGAAAAUUAGGGGAAAUCAUGGAAAAAAAAACGUACAAGUUAUGGAUUAGAGCCCGAGAUUGUAUUUUUUAAUUUUUAAUUCAUUAAGUCUUAUUUAUUUCGUCUAUUCGAGAGUGAAUUUACUCACUACGAUAUUAUGUUUAAUACGUGAAGAUAAACAUGUAAACCCGUUGUCUUUUAUUAAAGGAAA